UCGUAUAGUGAAACCUGUGACAGGUUCGGGCCAUUAUAUGACGCCCCAGUCUGGUCAGAAAGCUGCCAUUUGACAGCAUUAUGAAAGGUCACGUGGGAGAUAUGGAGAACCUGUCCAAGGUGGAGCCCUCCAACGGGGACACCCGGCCUCUGGACGAUUUGCCCAAUACAGAGGAGAAAAUCACAGACAGGGAUCAAUGGGGCAACAAGCUUGAAUUUAUAUUGUCAAUGGCUGGAAAUAUUAUUGGCCUGGGAAAUGUCUGGCGUUUCCCUUACCUCUGUUAUAAGAACGGAGGAGGGGCCUUUUUUAUUCCAUACCUCAUCUUCUUGUUUGCUUGUGGGAUCCCCCUCUUCUUCCUGGAGACUGCUUUGGGUCAGUACACCAGCGAGGGAAGUAUCACCUGCUGGAGGAAAGUCUGUCCGUUGUUUGAAGGAUUGGGUUAUGCCACCCAAGUGAUGAAUGGUCUGAUGAACACUUACUACAUCGUGGUGUUAGCGUGGGCUCUCUUCUAUCUGUCCAAUUCCUUCACCAUGGAUCUGCCCUGGGCAUCCUGCAACAACACGUGGAACACAAAUUCCUGUAUGGUAUUUCAGAGGGGAAAUAGCUCCAUCAAUCACCAUGAGAACGCCACCUCUUCUGUUAUUGAGUUCUGGGAGCGCAAAGUGCUGAGAAUUUCUUCAGGUAUCCACCAGAUUGGCUCUCUGAACUGGGAUCUUGUUAUUUGUCUGGCAAUUGCAUGGGUCCUCUGCUACUUCUGCAUCUGGAAAGGAGUCAAAUCCACUGGAAAGGUGGUUUACUUCACAGCAACCUUCCCGUAUGUGAUGAUGGUUGUCCUGCUGAUCAGAGGGAUUACCCUGCCAGGAGCCUCAGUGGGAAUCCGCUUCUACCUUUAUCCAGACGUGGGAAGGCUGUCUGACCCACAAGUAUGGGUGGAUGCUGGAUCUCAGAUCUUCUUCUCUUAUGCCAUCUGUUUGGGUAGCCUCACCGCUCUUGGAAGCUACAACAAAUACAACAACAACUGCUACAGGGAUUGUUUAUGGCUGUGUUUUCUGAACAGUGCCACCAGUGUUAUUGCAGGCUUCGCCAUCUUUUCCAUCCUGGGUUUCAUGUCCUACGAGCAAAACGUGCCCAUAUCAGAGGUGGCUCAAUCCGGUCCUGGUUUGGCCUUCAUAGCGUAUCCUCGUGCAGUUUCCAUGAUGCCUUUUUCCCCUUUAUGGGCCUGCUGCUUCUUCAUCAUGAUUGUCUUUCUGGGACUAGACAGUCAGUUUGUGGGCGUGGAGAGCAUGGUGACCGCCAUGAUGGACAUGUAUCCUUCUGUCUUCCGCCGUAAAAACGGCAGGGAGCUUUUCCUCCUCGCAACGUCUGUGGUGUCCUUCCUCAUCGGGCUCAUCCUGCUGACGGAGGGAGGCAUGUACGUUUUCCAGAUCUUCGACUACUACGCAUGCAGUGGGAUGUGUUUGAUUUUCGUGGCUUUUUUUGAAUCGAUUGGUGUUGCUUGGGUUUAUGGGGCUGAUCGUUUCUAUGACAACAUCGAGGAUAUGAUUGGCUAUCGUCCCAGGUCUCUCCUGAAGUACUGCUGGCUGUUCUUCACCCCUGCAACAUGCUUUGGAACCUUUGUCUUUGCAUUGAUCAAGUACUCACCGCUGAAGUACAACAAGGUGUAUGUGUACCCAUGGUGGGGGGAUGGCAUUGGCUGGGUUCUGGCUCUGUCCUCCAUGCUCUGUAUCCCUCUGCUGAUGGUCGUGAAACUCUGCAGCACCCCAGGAACACUGAGAGAACGCCUUACUAUCUUAACCACUCCUUCCACUGACCUGCCUAAGAUGAAACGAGAACAAGAGACACUGCUGGCCAUCUUUGCAGCCGACGGGGACCACCUUCAACAGAAAUAUCCUCCCACUAAGGAUGGCUACUUCCCUGUUGAGGAAAAGGAAUCUCAUUGCUAAAGACUUGAGGGUUGGAGUCUUGUUAGGGUCUCAAAGUUCACUCUUCAGCUUUGACCAAUUAUCUGUUAUACCUCACCUGAUAAGGGAGUGAAACUGCUCCAGAUGAUGACACUCCAGAGCUUACUCACCUGCCUACUUGUUGCUGGAACCUUUGAAAGGUGCCUUCAACAAGACUUUUGAAACAACCUCGUUUACAUGUCAUAUAGCACUGGCAGUGAUAUGUAUAUCUGAAAAUGUGACCGCUGUAGUUGAUCAUUGGCAAAUCAUUUACAUUUGCUCGUGUUUGCUUUCUAAGGAAGCAUUUUCAUCGAAUGUGGAAAUUUCUAAUGUUAUUUUAGUCUGAGAUGACAUUUUGGUUACUUUGUUGAUUAUAAGUGUCUGCAGCAGAUGAAGAAAAUGUCACUGCACAACCGGCUAACCUCAAUAAUAUACGUCUGUUAUAUUUUAUCUGUAUAUGCCUAUACAGUAUUUUGAGUUGUAUAAUGGUAAUGGCUCUGUUUUUACUGUACUGUGAAGAGUUGCUGUCUUAGGGUGUUAUAUUUUCUAAAAGAGAAGAAAAAAGUCUAUAUAUGAAUACUAAUAACCAAUUCUUGAGUGGAAGAAUUGGGUUUUAAUUUUUCUUUUAGCUUAAAGACCACAACUGAACUCAGAUAAGCUGUUGUUUGUAUUUCUUAUUAAUAUCGUUGGGAUUAUUGAUUUGUCACCCAUUGUAUUGAACUUUGCAAAGCUGCAUGGAAGGGUUAUUUGUUUAUUAUUUUAUUUUUUAUCUUUUUGGGGGGAUUGUUUAUUCAGUAUUUUGAUAUUGACAUUAUUUGAAUAUACUUCAGUUUGGCUUUCAUCUAAUGCAUUAAUUUAAUAGAAAUUAGAUUGCAAAGUCCUGAAAGACACUGUUGUGCGACUUUGAUUAUAUGGACAGAGAAAGCUGGUUAAAGGGUUUAAUUCCAAAGGAAAACAUCUUGACAUCACUUUCUUUUUUCUUUUUUUAAAUGAAUCACUAUUUCUAUAAAUGUUGGGAUGAAUGUAUGAUCAUUAAUUGCUGGGCACUUUUAGAUUUAAAUAACUUUGAUAAUCAAAACAUUUUUAUGACCAAAUAAAAUUACCUUAAUUUGAAUGAAGCAUUUAUGUUUUGUGGGCUGAUUUUCAUUGAGUUUACUAGAGUUUAUAUCUCUAUGUUAAUAUACUGAAUAAGGAAAAGAAAAGACUAACUUGCCAACUCAGCAUUAAAUUGACAAAUGAUCCUAUCAUUAAAGGUAUGGUCAAAUCCUACAUGUCCAAAGGCUAGUUGUCAAUCUUUUGAGUACAGAUUAAAAAACAAAACAAACAAAAAAGACUCUUCAUGCACUCCCAAAACUGUAAAAUUAUAAAAAUGCAAAAGUUAUGAAAGACACCAACACCGUAAAUUUAAACAUGGUUGGUCGGGCCUUAUGGCCCAGGUGCCAUCAU